CAUUCACAGUCUACGAACAUGAAGUAAAUCUGGUCCAACGCGAUUACUCUCAUCUUCAACUUUACCUUGUUGAUCGAAAGACAGAACCCAAGUUCAUAAUUUGUUCUUCAUUAUUCAGCACAUUGAACCGUCAUCAUGGGCUCCAUUCGCAACGUUGCCAUCGCAGGGGCCUCCGGAGACUUGGGCGCUCCGAUUCUCAAAGAAAUCAUAGAGUCCAACCUAUUCAACGUGACAGUUCUCACCCGAUCCUCCUCCAACGCCGAGUUCCCCCCGUCGGUCAGGGUCCUCCGCGUCGACUACUCCUCCAUUCCCGACCUAACCACCGCCCUCGCCGGCCAGGACGCCGUCGUCUCGGCCCUAACCACCGCCGCCAUGGACCUCCAGCUCGGCCUCAUCGAGGCCUCCAUCGCCGCCGGCGUCAAGCGCUUCAUCCCCUCCGAGUUCGGCUCCGACUGCGGCAACCCAAACGCCUCCCAGCUGCCCGUCUACCGGUCCAAAAUCGCCAUCCACGAGGCCCUGCGGGAGCACGCGCGGGCCCAUCCCGACUCCUUCACGUACACGCUGGUCCGCAACGGCGUGUUCCUCGACUGGGCCAUGAGGCGUAACUUGAUCUUCGACUUCGCGUCCGAGAAGCCGGCGUUUUACGACGGCGGCGAUAGGCCGUUUAGCGCGACGACGCUGGCGUCGGUCGGGCGGGCCGUCGUGGGCGUCCUGCGGCACGUCGACGAGACGCGCAACCGCGUCAUCUUUGUGCACGAUAUGGUUGUCACGCAGCGCAAGAUACUGGCCGUAGCGCGAGCCAUCGCUCCGCACAGGAGGUGGGAUCCGGUGACGGUCAAGACGACGGACUCGGAGGCCGCGUCGCGCAAGAAGUACGACAACGGCGAGUUUGACAUGAUGUCGUCCAUGGGGUUCCUCAUGCGGGCCGUUUUCGGGGAGGGAUAUGGCGGUGAGUUUAAGCAUGUCGACAAUGAGCUGCUGGGCGUCGCAGGCAAGACCGACGCCGAGCUGGAGGGCCUGGUGCGAGAUGCGCUGGCUUGA